GCAGAUGAAGUUAUUUAAUGCCGCAGCAGACCUGCAGUAUCGACCCACAGUCAUGGCUCUCUACAGGUUGAUCUGUGCCGCGGCUCUGCUCUCCCUCCUGACUCAAGAGUCUCAUUCACAACUAAAUGAGUGCGGUAAGCCUGCGCUCAACACCAGGAUCGUUGGAGGACAGGUGGCGCCUGAGGGCAGCUGGCCCUGGCAGGCCAGCCUGCAUCGAUUUAACAAACAUUUCUGUGGAGGGUCCCUCAUUAACACUGAAUGGGUGCUGACUGCGGCUCACUGCUUCCAAAGUCCCGGCACAAGCAACCUGAAGGUGUAUCUGGGUCGCCAAAAUCAAGAAGGCGCCAACCCUAACGAGGUGUCGAGGACGGUUACACAGAUCAUAAAUCACCCUGACUACAAAGGCAACGACAACGACAUCUGCCUCCUGAAGCUCUCCUCUCCGGUCUCCUUCACCAACUACAUCGCUCCCGUGUGCCUGGCAGCCUCGACCAGCACCUUCUUCAGCGGCACCGACUCCUGGGUCACCGGCUGGGGGGACAUCGCAGCUCAAACUCCUCUUCCAUCCCCAAAAAGCCUCAUGGAGGUGGAGGUGCCCAUCGUGGGGAACAGGCAGUGCAAAUGUGACUAUGGAGUGAAUACAAUCACAGACAACAUGAUCUGCGCCGGGCUCCGGGCCGGAGGGAAGGACUCCUGUCAGGGGGACUCAGGCGGUGCGCUGGUGAGCAAGCAGGGCGGCUUCUGGAUCCAGGACGGAGUCGUGAGUUUUGGGCAAGGUUGCGCCACACCUAAUUUCCCAGGAGUCUACUCCAGAGUUUCCCGGUAUCAGGACUGGAUCAACAGCCUAAUCACCAGCAACCAGCCGGGCUUCAUGACCUUCACGUCCACAGGAACUGACAGCGACCUCAGCGUGUCCUGUCCCGGCCCUGCCCCCCCUUCCAACCUCCGCCGCUACACCCACACCAAAGGUCACUCCACAGCCGUCAAGCUCUGGAAAACCCACAACUCAACCUCCACCUCCACCCACUGCAAAGGUCACUCCACAGCCGUCAAGCUCUGGAAAACCCACAACUCAACCUCCACCUCCACCCACUGCUGUGGUCUGUGGCAAAGCCCCGAAGAAUUCACGUAUUGUGGGAGGAAGCUCGGUGGCGACGGCUGGCGAGUGGCCCUGGAUGGUGAGUCUGCAGAAGAACGGGAGUCAUGUGUGUGGCGGGACUCUGGUGGCCGAGGACGCCGUCUUGAGCAACGCCGAAUGCUUCACAAGUUCCCCCUCAGCAUCUGAUUGGACCGUUGUUUUGGGUCGGCUGAAACAGAACGGUUUCAACCGCUUUGAGGUGAAAAAGAACGUGUCAAAUAUCACUCUGAGCACGAUGAUAGGGUCUAAUGUAGCCGUGCUGCACCUGCACACCCAAGCCCACCCUGUCCGACUACAUCCAGCCCAUCUGCAUGGACAAUGGACGGACCUUUUCCGUGGGAACGUCCUGCUGGGUUGCUGGUUGGAGCUCUGCGAAAGGAGGAGAAGAACAAGUCCUGCAGGAGUUUAAGACCUCUGUGGAAAAUUGUGGGAACGCGUCGUCGAGUGACAUUUUAUGUACCGGCACUUUUACACUGGAUCCA